UUGCAAGUGGGGGUGGGGAGGUGGGGGGGCGCGGGCAGUGAAAAAAACAGUGGGAGAGGAGGGGCCUGAGAGCAGCCUCCAUGGACACCGAGGCGGGGUGGUAUCUGCUACUCUGCUUGGCUCUGUCUGGAGCUGAAAGAACCGAACCCCAUGCAGCAGAAAGGCAAUGGCAGGCAGUGGAUGUAAUCUUAGACUGCUUCUUGGUGAUGGAAAGUGGGCACCGAGAGGCUUUUGCCAGUGAUGGGAAUAGAAAGAAGGCCUUGCUUGUGCUGAAGCAGGUACCAGUGCUGGAUGCUGGCUCCCUGGAAAGCUUCACCGAUUUCCAAGGGGGUACAGUGGACAAAGAUGACCAACUUGUUAUGUUUGAGGCCUCAGUGGACCUGGUACAGAUUCCCCAGGCUGAGGCCUUGCUCCACGCUGACUGCAGUGGGAAAGAGAUGACCUGUGAGAUCUCCCGCUACUUUCUCCAAGUCAGACAGGAAGCCGCCAUUGAGAAGGCAGCUUGGUUCAUCAUCAACGUGCAAAUAUCUAGAGGGGGACCCAGUGUCUCCAUGGUGAUGAAAACUCUUGGGGAUGCUGACAAUGGAGCUGUCUGGCAACCUAUGCUGAAUCUACCCCAAAGCCCCCAAGGGACUGUGAGGACUACAGUGGAAUUCCAGGUGACAACACAGACUCAAUCCCUGAAUUUCCUGCUGGGGUCCUCAGCCUCCCUGCACUGUGGCUUCUCCAUGGCACCAGGCCUGGAUCUCAUCAGCGUGGAGUGGCGGCUGCAGUAUAAGGGUAGUGGUCAGAUGGUAUACAGUUGGAUAAGAGGGCAGGGGCAGGCCAAGCGACAUGGUGCUACCCUGGAGCCUGAGCAGCUACUUAUGGCUGGGGAUGCCUCCCUCACCCUCCCCAGCCUCACUCUAAAAGAUGAGGGGACCUACAUUUGCCAGAUCACCACCUCUCUGUACCAAGCUCAACAAAUCAUCCAGCUCAACAUCCAAGCUUCACCCAAAAUUCGACUGAGCUUGGCAAAUGAAGUGCUGCCACCCACUCUCAUCUGCAGUGUUGCUGGCUAUUAUCCUCUGGAUGUGGUGGUGACAUGGAUCCGAGAGGAGCUGGAUGGAGCCCCAGCUGAGGUGUCUGGUGCCUUCUUCUCCAGCCUCAGGCAAAGCAUGGCUGGCACCUAUAGCAUCUCUUCUUCCCUGACAGCUGAACCUGGCCCUGAAGGUGCCACUUAUACCUGCCAGGUCACCCACAUCUCCCUGGAGGAGCCCCUUAGGGCCAGCACCAGGGUUGCCCCACAUACAGAGCAGAGAACUGCCUUUGAAGUCAUCUUUGCCGGCAGUCUUUUCCUUCUUGCACUACUAUACCUGGGGCUUCAGAGACAGCAAGCUUCCUCACCAAAGUCUGCCAAGACCCUGAAGUACUCUGAAUAACUACUCUCCUGCCUCAAUUAUAAAGUCAGAGUAGUCAGGUUUUCUUAGAAGGACCUUAUACUGAGUCACAAAGCAGAAAAAGCCUGAAGGAGGCACCAGGUCUGGGGGUAGAAGGACAUACAGGACAGGUACUUGCUUUCCUUCACUAUGUGCCCUGGGCUGAUGUGUCAAGAAGGAAGGGAGGAAGGAAUAGGAAGGCAGAAUGUUUGUGUGGAGGUUAACACAAAUGGCUAUAUUUGAGAUGAGGUGGUAGGAAAGAAAAAUAGAAAUGGAGAAAGGAGCAAGUAAGGGACAAUGGAAUAAUGGAAUAAGGGGGUAGUGGUUGGGCCACCACACAUAAUUUUGAACUGUCAAAAAUAAAAGUUCUUUGUGACCACUGA